GAUUUUUUCUUAUUUUAUUUCGAGUUAAAAUGUGAGGUAUUCUAAAUGAGAGUGUGUUGAUAUGAUUAAGGUUUGGUGGCCAAAUUGAAUUAAAUUAUUUAACUGGAAAACAUAAAAUUAAGGUUAUAUUAUAAAAACGUUAGCGCGAAACACUGCCUUAAAAGUCGGGGAGUUUUAUUUAAUUUAUUUUUUAAAGCUUUUUUCUUAUAAAUUUUUUGUCUGAAACAAAACCCUAGGGUUUUGAAUAAUCAUCUUCCAGCGGUUGUUUCUUGUUCUUCUUUAAUUGGUGAAUUCAAACAACUUUGGGCUCACUUUCAGGCUUCUCUUAAUUUCCCAGAAUUCAAUUUUGGGGAAAAUUUCUCAUGCCAGUAAAGAAGGGUGCCCGAAAAUGGAUGCAAGAUUAGCAAAUACAUGGAGAUUAAGUGUGAAUGAGAAGAAAUUUAUAGAGUCUGCAUUGCUUUCUGGUAUUAGAGUUGAUGGCCGCAACCUUUACGAGUUUCGUAAACUCUCCAUCAAGUUUGGCAGAGAAGAUGGCUCAGCAGAAGUGCAGCUAGGACAUACUCAUGUAAUGGGUUUUGUGACUGGUCAAUUGGUUCAACCUUAUCAGGACCGACCAAAUGAAGGGUCACUUUCAAUCUUCACUGAGUUCUCUCCAAUGGCUGAUCCCUCAUUCGAGCCAGGUCGCCCUGGAGAAUCUGCAGUUGAGUUGGGACGAAUAAUAGAUCGUGGUUUAAGGGAAAGCAGGGCAGUUGAUACAGAAUCACUCUGUGUUCUAGCUGGGAAGCUAGUAUGGGCUAUCCGUAUUGAUCUCCACAUUCUAGAUAAUGGGGGAAAUUUAGUUGAUGCUGCCAAUAUUGCUGCUUUGGCUGCCCUCUUGACAUUCCGAAGGCCUGAAUGUUCACUAGGAGGGGAGAAUGGCCAGGAAGUGAUAAUACAUCCACCUGAGGAAAGAGAACCACUGGCCUUGAUAGUACAUCAUCUUCCUGUGGCAGUUACUUUUGGAUUUUUCAGUAGUGAGAGCAUCAUGGUAAUAGAUCCAACUCAUCAUGAAGAAGCUGUUAUGACAGGAAGAAUGACAGCUACACUUUCUGCAAAUGGAGAUGUUUGUGCUAUUCAGAAACCUGGAGGAGAGGGGGUCCUGCAAAGUGCUGUCAUGCAAUGUUUGCGGAUUGCUUCCCGGACAGCUAGUGAUAUAACAAAGAAGAUAAAUGACGCUGUUGAAGCAUACAACACGGAAAGAGCAUUACGUAAGAUCAAGCGACACCCUACUUCUGUUGCUCUAGAUGGUAGUGCUAACUUGAAAGUAAAACAUGAGGGAUCUAUCGGUCAUAAAGGUGCAAUUGAGUUGUCCAAAAACCAUAUUGAAAACUCAAGACUUGUAUCUGAGCAAAGUACCAGUCAAAGUAAUGAUAAUGAUAGCGGAACCGAAUCAUCUGGACUAGGUGGAAAUAACGGGAGAAAUGAUGGCACUAGAAAUUUUGCUGGGGAGCCUGUGAGUUGGGAUCCCUACUCAAAGGGCGUUGAUCUGGACUUGCUGAAAGCAUCUCUAGCUUCACAUGGAACAGUAACGCUCAAGAAGAAGCAACAAGACUUAGUAGGUAAGAAAAAGCCUAGUGAAGUCAAGCCGGAGGAACCACCCGAAGACAUUAAUCCAGCUUCUUCAGUUGUUGAUGCUACUGGAACUGGAACCCAGAAGGAUGGAAAUAAGACUUUGAAAGAUGCUGUGAAGCCCAAAAACAAGAGAAAAAAGAGGGCAUCCUCUGCUGCUGAUGCAAGUUAGAUGAAUUUUGGCUGAUAGGAUCAUUAGAAAUGUUUCUCCCUGCAUGUUGACAUUGUUCAUUUGGAAUGGACAACUUUUACAAGAUCCCUAUGCAGUUUCUUUGUGGAUGCUCUCAGUUUCUGGGGGACAACUGAAGUCGAGAUUUGAUACAUGUUCAACUUCAGAUGAAAUUGAAGGAUAAAUUAUUAGUCAGAAUAUAUAGAAAAGAAACCAAAAUGAAGCUUCACUUUUGGCAGUUGGCACCGAAAGCUUCUUGUGCUAAUCUCUUAAUGACUUUUUUUUUUUAUGGAUGAAAUAGAUCAAGCUGUUGCUGUUCUCAUAUUGGAUUGCAAGAGCUGUUGAUGUUACUUCGUAUCAGGCUGUUUUGAAGUAGAGUUCGAGAAAGUUUUCAUUUAAAUGAUAGAAUCAAAGCAUUUUCUUAUCUGGAACUUUUUUUUUUUCAGUCUAAGAAGUUCCUGGUGGAUUGAUUCAUGUAAUGUUGUUCCUCAUUAGUGUUAUACAAGACUUGCCAGAUGGUUUAUUGAUUCUCAACAGGAAA